AUGCAUGGCCUAGUGUCAGCUAUCACCACACUGCUCCUCGCUACAUCAGCACUAUGUGCAAGGUCGUCUCAGAACCCACCAGGCAGAGAUGCUAUUCUGCUCUCAAAUGUCAAUACUCUGACCCUUCGCGGUGACCGCAUGACAUCUGCCCGGCGUGUCUCUCCCAUUCCUCAACUAAAGUGCGUGGGUCCCUCAAAGCGGGUAUGCGAGCUAUACCAACCCGAUACAAUGCGCUGCAAGAAUGAGGGCUACGAAUAUGACGAGGAAGUUGUACAAUGGACCUGCCAAGCUUCACUACCAACUGAAUUCAAGCUCGGAGCAACAGAUGUCGUUUGCGAAGGGUACCGAAACUCCAACGAUAAAUGGAUUCUCAAGGGAAGCUGUGGGGUCGAAUAUCGUCUUUUGUUAACAGAACAAGGCGAACGUCGAUAUGGAAAGAUAGAAAAGGACUCUUCUGAGGAAACUAGUUUACCGGAAUUCUUCGGAAAAAUUUUACUAGGUGUCUUCAUGCUUGCUGUCUUUGCUGUGAUCCUCAUUGCUGUUACCGGUGGCUUUUCAAACAGAGAUCGACGACAAGGAAGAGGAGGAAGAGGAGGAAUAGGAGGUAAUGAUGGUGGUCCUGGUGGUGGUGGUGGUGGUGGUGGUGGUGGAGCUUAUGGCCCAUACCCUCGGGGCCCUCCUCCUUCCUAUGGAAGCUGGAAUAAGCCAUCAUCAUCUCAAGGAUGGACCCCUGGUUUCUGGUCUGGAGCUAUGGGAGGUGCAGCAGCAGGAUAUGGUGCGGGACGAUACUCAGCUAAUACUGGAUCCUCGCGAGCUUCGACUGAGCGAUUUUCUUCAUACGAUGCAGGUGAAGGCAGUUCAACUCGAUCGACUCCAUCUUCCAACAAGACAAGCACUGGGUUUGGCUCGACCAAGCGCAGAUAG